UCUGGUGUCAGGAUCUCGUCAUAUACUGGAUAUGCAGUAGGGGGCGCUACAAACAUCUCAAUUUUUAAAUACUACCAAAGAAGAACCAAUCAAAUAUUUCUACAUCCGGCACCGUUCGUGCGCCAUCUUUGACGACAAAUAGCCCAUCAAUGUUAUUUUGUUUUCAAAAAGUAUCGAAAAGUAUGAUAGAACACCAAAUCGCAUAAAAUAACUGAAGCAUACGGCUGUUUUUUUUAACGGGAUCCAGCGUGUUAUAAUACAAUAAAAGUCUUCGGGAAACAUUUUUGGCGAGAUGUCGCUUGUGGAUUUGGGAAAGCGCUUGUUGGAGGCAGCACGCAAAGGACAGGAUGAUGAAGUGAGGUCACUUAUGGCCAAUGGAGCUCCUUUUACUACAGACUGGCUGGGAACCUCACCACUUCAUUUAGCUGCACAAUAUGGGCACUACUCCACCGCUGAAGUGCUUCUCCGUGCUGGAGUGAGUAGAGAUGCCCGCACUAAAGUGGAUCGAACCCCCCUCCACAUGGCUGCGGCAGAGGGCCACUCAAGCAUUGUUGAAUUGUUGGUCAAGAGUGGAGCAGACAUCAAUGCCAAAGACAUGCUGAAAAUGACCGCCCUGCACUGGGCUACGGAACAUGGGCACAGAGGAGUCGUGGAGCUGUUGAUCAAAAACGGCGCUGAUACUCACGCCCUCAGCAAGUUUGACAAGACGCCUUUUAACAUUGCGGUGGACCGAGGAAACACUGAGUUGAUGCUGUUGUUACAGGAGGGAAUGCAGAACCAAGUGAACAUGAAUCCAGAGAGGACUAUCCUAAGCAGCACGUCUCCCUCCACCGCCAGCCCUCAGUUCAUCAUCUCCUCCUCUGGAGUGGUCAAUCUCUCUGAUAUUGUUCUUACUAAUGCUAAGGCUAACACAGCAGGAGCUGCAGAGAGUGUGAUUGCUGCUGAUUCGGUAGAUUCUGCCAUCCAGCAUCUUGUAGGGGAAGAUGGCCAGAGAGUCAUCACCAUAGUAACCGACCAACAGGGAAACCUUCAGACUGGCAAUGUGGGACAGAAAUUCUUUGUCACAAUGCAGGGGCAACAAAUGGUUGCAGUGCCAGCUGGUCAGAUUUCAGAAGAAAUCAUAACGGAAGACACAAAACCAGUUCCAACACGGAAACGGAAAUUUGAAUUAACCGUCAACCACACAGAUGUCAAACACAAGGAGCCCGAUGAGAAGAACAGUCGGGAACUACUGGAGCAGCAACUUAAGGAAGCAAACAGAAAAGCCCAGGAGUACAGACAGCAGUUACUACGAAAGGAAGAGGAAGCUGAGCAGUACAGGCUUAAACUAGAGGCCAUUGCAAAUGGGCAGACCAAUGGAACCAGCACAGAGCCCCAAGAGGAAGUGGUGCUCCAGGAAGAGGAGGAGGAGGUAGUUGGCGAAGAGGAAGUUGUCAUGUUGCCAGAAGGGGCCAUCAUCAUUAAAGAGGAGCCCCUUGACUCAAUGACAGGAGAAACCGUAACAUUAGUAGAAGCCGCCUCUGAGGGCACGCCGUAGCAAUGAACCCAAAGACUCAAACACUCAGGAAUGACAUACUCUGUGUGCCUGGAGAGUGACAUUGUAUUUAUUUAUUGUAUAUCAUAACCUUUUGUUUUUAUCCUUUUUUUUUUUUACUAAUAGCAUUCAUUUUCUGUACAAACCUCUUCAAAGAUGUAGCAUGAGUUAUAUUUAGGUGGCCACAAUGAUGCUGAGCUGCUCAGUUUUACAGAAUUGGAAGACCAAGCGUGUCUUUUUAACAUACAGCAGUGCAAGUUAUGAAAGAUUUAGUGACAAUGCUUUUCAAUCAAGUCCCAUUAUGCACUUAGAAUGCAUACUAUAUAGUUAGUAUGCACCAUAGUGUACUUAAAGGAUCAUUCUGGGGUCAAUAUACAUCAUUUUGACUUAUUUUUUUUAAUGUGCAAGUUGCGGUUAUAGUAACGCACUUUCGAUAAAACAUAAUAUGGGACAGUGUUCUGGUGAAGCUGAAAUUUUUGUUAAAUCACCUGAAGAUGCAAAAUUAGCCUUUUUAAAAGAUUCCCAGGGUCAGUGAACCAUGAAAAUAUUGUGCAAAAAUUUCUGGGUUUACUAGCUGAAUGUUUCUUGCCUGGUUCAAUGUUGUGCGGUAUUGUUAGCACGAUUUUUGUUUCUUUAAAAAAAGAAAAAGCAAGGUCGUCAAAAUUGCAAUCGCAAAUGCUGUCAAUAGAGCUUAACUUGAGCUUAGGACAUUCCUAAAAUAGUGACAUCAAAUUUAGAAUAAAGUUUAACAGUAUAUCAUAUAAAGAACAAUACUAGACAUUAUCUAGCUUUGUUUAACAUUGACCUGCUCCUGCAGUGUGAGGCAUGUCUUACUGAUGCGAUCAGCAUCUGAUGGUGUGAUAAUCUAUCAGUAGCUAUAUAUUUACUUAGUAAACAGACUCUUUCAUGUAUUAUAUUACUUUUAGCUGUUUAUAAAGAUAAUUUACUCCAUUCAGAGUAGAAGAAUGAGCAAUGGUUGUUUCACUUUUUUUUUAUCUUGCAUCUUUUCUUUUGUUCUAUUAGACACUAAAUCACGAUUUGCAUUGCAAUGUUUUGUGCUCUAAAAAGUAUGCAACAUGUCUUUGCUUGCAUUUCAUGGUCUGGUCCAUGAGCCUGUUUUGACUUUCCCUGUAAAAUUUACCAGCUGUUUUGUUAUAUAGAUGUUAACCACUUUUACAGUCAGUUAUCUUUGCAUAGAAAAAAAAUGUUUUGCAUUAUCUUUGACAUGUUUUCCGGGUGCACAGCUGAUCAUUAACAUUCCAUGAACUGAAUUUCAAGGGCUUGCAUUACCAUUUCUGUGCAAAACAUAUUUGAAAAUGUACAGUUUUCUUCCAUCUAAACCCAUGAAUAUUAAGAUUUUUGGAGGACAGCAUGCUAUUUAUUUAAUGGGUGAUUCAUGUGCUCAAGACAAUGUUUUCCCUCGCUUUUUAUGUAUUUAGAAUUUAUGUUAAGCUGUCAUCAGCAGUGCUUUAUAGGUAAAAACAUUGAUGAACUGUUGAAAUUAGUUUUAGGUCUAAAUCAAGUUAUGUUACACUUUUGUGGUAAAGUUUAACAGGCAGAAUAACUUGUAUUUCAGUGUUUUGAAAGGAAAUGCUUAGAAUUCUAACUAAAAGCAGACCCAAGGACAAAAUGCAUAACAAAGAUCAACAGUUUGUCCCUGAUUUUUUUCAUUUGUAUAUAUUUUUUACAUGUAUAUUUUGUAACGAAACACUAUCUGCUCCUGUUUUAGUGCACUUGCAGCGUUUUUGUCUCUGGUCAAAAUAAAUAUUUUUAAGGUUUGGAA